AAUACUGUUGUGUAAUCAGCGUCUGGAUAUGCCGCACCUGUCAGGUGAAUGUAACACAAUUGUGAACAAAAAGAGAAAAAGAGAAAAGAGAUAGAGAGAGAGAGAGACAGAGAGACACAGAGAGAGAGACAGACAGAGAGAGAGACAGACAGUAGUAAUACCACUGGUUAGACCGGUUUAGCAGCUUUGGGAGCCAAGACCUCUGUUCUUUUUUUUUUAUGGUUUCUUGUCAAUGGAUAUUAACUUCUAAAUUUUUAAUGGACAAUGAACUCAAUUCAUCCCAAGUUGCAUCAAGUGGCCUUUUGAUUUCACGUUUCUUUGAUUUUGAUUGUGGGAAUGUAGGGAGUUCAGCUGGUAUGCUUGUUUUACCUUGCACAGGGCGGCUUGCUGGAGGCAGGUAGCAGCAUGACUCCACUUACGCUGCAGAAAAAAACCCCAGGGGGUUUAUGAUAUAACUUUACUAUACUGCGGAACACAGUGCCAGAAGACAGUGGAUACAAGAGCAGUCUUAGAAAGAAGUGGAUGAUUUGGCUGACACCAUAACUUUUAUGUAUCACUGGGAAUGUUUCCACCAAGUCAAAUUCCUCUGUACAUUGUUGAUUUGGAAAGUAAGGCGGUAAAGGAUAUUUGACUCUGCAGGAGACGGUUGCAGGAAGACAGUGAAGAGUAGUCUCAAAAAGAAGAGGAUACUUUUGACUAUGAGGGAUUAUGAUGAGACCAUAGCUUUUCUGGGUCAAUGGGGACGGUUUCAGAAAGUUAUCUUCUUCCUGCUCUGUGCCAGCAUCAUGCCCAAUGGAUUUGGCUCUUUCACCCUUGUCUUCCUGAUGGAUGUACAGAGUCACCGCUGCCAGGUGGUUGACGUCAACCUCACAGAGGACUGGCAUAAAAGCACCAUCCCAAUAAUGGUGGUGAAUGAGAAAGAGGAGCUGAGCAGAUGCAGCAGAUACAAGCUGGAUGUGGUCAGAAAUCUCUCUGCUCAGGGAUACAUUCCUAGCAGGGACAUCAACCUCACAGACCUGGAGCAGGAGGACUGUGUGGACGGGUGGAGCUACAGCACAGACAUCUACCAAUCCACCAUUGUCUCUGAGUUUGACCUGGUGUGCAGUGAGCAGUGGAAGCAGCCAUUGACCUCCACAGUUUACUUCCUGGGAGUUCUUGUUGGAUCCUUCUUUUCAGGACAGCUCUCUGACAGAUUCGGAAGGAAACCAAUUCUUUUCGCAACCACAGCAGUCCAGACUGUUUUUACCUUUGCUCAAGUCUUCUCUGUUUCAUGGACUAUGUUCAUCAUCCUCCUCUUCUUUAAUGGUUUGGGGCAAAUAUCCAACUUUGUAGCUGCUUUGGUGCUAGGAGCUGAGAUCUUUACUGGCAAUGUGCGUGUCCUUUACUCAUCUCUAGGCACAUGUUUAGGCUAUGCUGCUGGCUACAUGCUGCUGCCUCUUUGCGCUUACUAUUUAAGGGACUGGAAAUCUCUCCUGUUGGCUUCGUCUGCGCCUGGCCUGGCCUACCUCCCCCUCUGGUGGUUAAUCCCAGAGUCCCCUCGGUGGCUGCUCUCUCAGGGAAGAGCGGAGGAGGCUGAAGCCAUAUUGAGAAAGGCUGCUAAGUGGAACAAAGUUCAGGCUCCUAGGGUCAUCUUUGAAGAUUAUAGUAUUAAUAAGGCAAAUACACACCUGAAGGUACACCACAACGUCUUCGAUCUGCUGAGGAAGCGCGACAUCAGAACCACAACCCUCAUUCUCUGUUUGGUGUCGUUUACCACGACUAUUGGGUACUAUGGCCUGUCCUUCAGCACAUCCCAACUCCAUUCUGACCCCUACAUCAGCUGUUUCAUCUCAGCAGCUGUGGAGAUCCCAGCAUACAUUUCCAGCUGGUUGGCCCUGCGAUAUUUUCCACGACGGCUGUCUAUCGCCAGCACCUUGCUCCUUGGAGCAGUGUCACUGUACCUCAUUCAACUGUUGCCUCAAAAUCUACCAUACCUGCCUCUUACACUGAAGAUGUUGGGUAAAUACGCUAUUACCACGUGUUGCUCCAUGAUGUUCGCCUUCACAGCGGAGCUGUACCCAACAGUGCUCAGGAACACAGCAACAGGGACAUGCACUACUGUUUCAAGAUUGGGGUGCUGCCUUACACCAUUGUUGUUAAAGAUGAGUCUAUACUCUAAAUACCUUCCUUAUAUAAUUCUGGGGACUCUGGCUGUUGUUUCUUCUUUUGCUGCUCUAUUCCUUCCAGAGAGUUUUGGCCGCCCUCUACCGGAAACUAUUCAACAGAUGCACAAAAGAGAAAGGAUAACCUUUCCAUGCAUCAGUAGAAAAGAAACCUCUGUACCCACAGAACACCUGGACAGUCCACUAUGAUUAUUUGUUUACAGUUCUUAAGAUUUAAACAUUUGUCCUUUUUUUUGUUUUGUUUUGUUUGUUUGUUUGUUUGUUUUUUCUUAAGACAGACAAAAAGCUGUUUAUCAGGCAGGCAAAUCUCUUAAAUAAACAAGUUACAGAAUGUAUUUUGGUUACAUAAUGAAUAUAAAUACUGAUUUUUUUUUUCUGUUUUUUAUCUUAUUUAUGUUUUCAUAUACAAGCUAUGAAGCUUUUUAAAAAGCUGGUAAUACAUUUUUCAGUUGUCAAAUAAAAGUUCCAAAGUUCAUGUCUGUUGAGGACACCUGACAAGUGCCCAGUCAUACUGUAACUUUUUACUACCUUUGUAAUCUAUAACCUGGCAGUGACAAAAAAAAAGAACUUGAGAAGAUAUUUUAUGGCAUUUACCUGAACAGAAACACGUUUUUGUUACAGUUUGAAUAAGGAUCAGUUUGGGUCAAAUAUUAAUUGAAAUAUUGCAGUUAUUUGUUAUUGCAAAUAAAAUCAAUAAAAUGUUUGCAUAUCUAGCAGCUUUGGC